CAGGUGUGAUAGGAGGCUCAGUGAUGGGUCUGCUCUUGCGUUAUAUUCCUGAGUUGGACUCAGACAUGCUGACGCUAGUUUCCUUCCCUGGAGACAUUCUCAUGAGGAUGCUGAAGAUGCUCAUCCUCCCCCUCGUCAUCUCCAGUCUCAUCACAGGUCUGGCAGGUCUAGAUGCUCGCUCCAGUGGCAGGAUGGGUACCAGGGCCAUGGUGUACUACAUGUCCACCACCAUCAUCGCGGCUGUGCUGGGUGUCAUCCUUGUGCUCGGGAUACAUCCAGGAAACCCCAAACUCAGGAGCAACCAGACCAGCACCGGACACACCAACCAGGAGGUCAGCAGCAUGGACGCUUUCCUGGACCUGAUCCGAAACCUGUUCCCUGAGAACCUGGUCCAGGCCUGUUUCCAGCAGGUUCAGACGGUGGUGAAGAAGGUCCCGGUGCCUGUCAGCAACCAGAGCGAACCGGUUUCUGUCAACAGGAAGAAGCUGGAGUUUAAGUGGGGGAUGAACGUUCUGGGUUUGAUCGGCUUCUUCAUCACGUUCGGGGUCUGCAUGGGCAAAAUGGGCGAGAAGGGAAAGAUGAUGUCUGAGUUCUUCAACAUCCUCAACGAGAUCAUUAUGAAGAUGGUGUCCAUGAUUAUGUGGUACUCCCCGUUCGGUAUCGCCUCUCUGAUCUGUGGAAAGAUAGCCGCCAUCGGUGACCUGGAGGCCAUGGCCCAGCAGCUCGGCAUGUACAUGGUGACGGUGAUUGUUGGUCUCAUUAUCCAUGGUGGGAUCAUCCUGCCCGUCAUAUUCUUUUCCGUGACACGGAAAAACCCCUUCACCUUUUAUUCCGGGAUCUUCCAGGCCUGGAUCACGGCACUCGGCACAGCCAGCAGCGCCGGGACGUUACCCGUCACCUUCCGCUGUCUGGAGGAGAAUCUGAAGAUCGACAAGCGAGUCACGCGGUUUGUGUUGCCCAUCGGCGCCACCAUCAACAUGGACGGCACGGCGCUUUACGAGGCAGUGGCUGCUAUUUUCAUCGCCCAGAUGAACGGCAUCGAGCUGGACGGAGGACAGAUCGUCACCGUGAGUAUGACGGCCACUCUGGCGAGUGUCGGAGCCGCCAGUAUUCCCAGUGCUGGUCUGGUCACCAUGCUGCUCAUCCUCACCGCAGUGGGUCUCCCAACACAGGACAUCAGCCUGCUGGUAGCAGUGGACUGGCUGCUUGACAGACUGCGAACCUCCAUCAAUGUGGUGGGUGAUUCUUUCGGAGCAGGUAUCGUGGACUUCCUGUCUCGGGAAGAGCUUUCCCAGAUGGACGGAGACAUUCCGUUGUCGGACGAGGAGUUUGUCCCCCCUCCCCCGCUCCUUACUGAUAUCGACCUGAUUGAUCCUAUCUGCCCCCCAGAACUGCCCCCUCGUUUCCCCCGGCCCCCCAAACUCAACCACCACCACCAGCAGCAGCACCAGCAGCAGCAGCAGCAGCAGCAGCCACAUCAGCAGCAUCACCACUUCCACCCUGCUGCAUCUCUGAGCCACUCUCGCUCUCACUCCACUCGCUCUGCUCGCUCUCUAUCCCCUCGCUCCGUCCAGUCUCCCUCGCCUCUGUCCGUGUGCUCGCACUCUCCUCAUCCUCACCGCGCUCACUCGCCCCGCCUCCUGAACCGCCGCUCUGACCACGCCUACUGCGCUCUGCCCUCACACGAUCCCCAGGCAUCCACGCUGCCACGAGACCACCGGGAGAGACGGCGAGAGCGAGAGAGAGGCAGCGAGAAGCUGCGUAGAAGAGAGAAAGGCCGAGAGAGCGAGACCGAGGAAGACGAAGAGAGAGAAAGGAUGAUGGAUGAGGGUAGUGAGGGAGAAGAAAGUGAUGACACCGCCUACGACCGGAGUCACGCCAUCGCACCCUGUGAGCUGCCCUGAGUGACAGUCACCCUGCCAUGACCACCCCCCCACUUUAAACCACUUUUACUACACUUCCUAACGCUUUACUGCACCUGCUCACAGCUUUUAUGAACUUAUUUAUUUGUAAAUUCUUCACACAAAGCCUUCGUUUCCUUCGUUCUCUCCUAAAUGUGUGUAAAAGGAACCUCACGAUUGAGUUAUGAUCAGCUUCUAACUGUGAUUAAAUUCAUUAAUACACCUGUUUAUUGAGAUAAAUGAGACUAGGCUUUCAAUCAGGACAAAAGUAACGGCACCCUUUAAAGGUGGACGAGUUAGUGUGUGUGUGUGUGUGUGUGUGUGUGUGUGUGUGUGUGUGUGUGUGUGUGUGGCAGCUGGUGCGCUGCGGUAGCCGAUCUGUAUUAGUGGAAGAAACUCUACAAACUCUGCAAUAAGCAGGUUUUAAAGGUUGAGGAUGUAGAUUGUGUCCGUCUGUGUAUGGGAGUCUAUGUGUAUGCAUAUAUCACUGUUUAUAUCAUAAGAUAUUAUGUAUGUUCUAUAUGUAUAUUAUAUAUAUUAUAGGAGGAUAUUAUGUAUGUUCUUUAUGUAUGUGUAUCUACACAUACACACACAUACAUACACACACACAUACACACACGCACAUGCACACACACACAUACACACAUAUACAUACACAUACACACACACGCACAUGCACACACACAUACAUAUACACACUCACACACACACAUACUGUACAUCAAUACAAACACACACACACACACACACACACACACACACACACACACACACACACACACACAAAUAUAUCCAUAUAAUUAUUCACCAUGUAUUGUAUACGUCACUUGUAUCUGAAUAUCAGAGAUAGAUUUAUUUAUCUGUGGAAUUUUGGUGUAUGUUCAUGAUUUUGGUGUGUUUAAGUGUGAUGAAAGUUUGUGGUGGUGUGAUAGCCUCUCUCUCUCUCUCUCUCUCUCUCUCUCUCUCUCUCUAUCUAUCUAUCUAUCUAUCUAUGUCUCUCUCU